GAAAUGCAUAAAACUGGUUGGUUUUAAGGUAGGGCUUGUGUUUGGUAGAAGAGUGUUAGAGAGAAGAGUGAGUGAGCGAGGAGUGAGUGUGUCUGUGAGUGAUUUUAUUCGGAUCGAUCGAGUGUUCAAUUCCAAUGGCAUCAUCCAAUUCCACUCAGCAAGAUGUCAACAAACCUGCCAAGAGAAAACCCGUCUUCACCAAAGUCGAUCAGCUCAAGCCCGGAACCAACGGUCACACUUUAGUGGCUAAGGUCUUGUCCUCCGACACCGUCGUGCACAAACCGCGACCUUCCUCUGCCCAUAACAUCAAACCCACUGUCAUCGCCGAGUGCCUCAUCGGCGACGACACCGGCACCAUCAUCUUCACCGCUCGCAACGAACAAGUUGAUUUGAUGAAGGCUGGUUCAACUGUAAUUCUUCGUAAUGCAAAGAUUGACAUGUUCAAGGGAUCAAUGAGGCUGGCUGUUGACAAAUGGGGGCGUGUUGAGGUAACUGAACCUGCAGAUUUUGAAGUUAAAGAGGAUAAUAACCUAUCCCUGGUUGAAUAUGAAUUGGUGAACGUGGUUGAAGAAUAAUCCCAUCGAAUAGUGCAAGAACAGCUUUAUGAUUGGAUACCCCAAAGCACUGCCCUCAUUGUAUGAAAAUGGGCGUGUAAUUAAUGCAGUUUGGUAAACGAGAGAGCUUUGGGAAGACGUUAAAAAAGCAAUUGGAAUGUGCGGGUGGAGCCUUAAAGGAAUCACCAUUGGAAAUGAGUGAUGACACUAUAAUUGCAUUUCCGAUGUUGAGGUCAAGGAGGUAAUAAAUGAAAAUACAAUUUUAACUGUUUCUAUAUUUCAUUAAUUUACAUCUAUCUGCGUUAAUGAUUCAGAUUAUGUAUUUCAACCUUUAAUUGAAGCCCUCUAACUUAUUUUAAAAAAUUUAACGGUAAUUUGGUUCAAUAAAAGGUUAUUUUCAUUC